ACUGUGACUGCAACUACCAUCGUCAUCUACUGCUCAGUUCUCCUUUCCCACUUUGAUUUCGCCUUUUGAAACCGUUUUCACCUAUAAAGUAAUAAAAAGCAUAGCAUUUGCAUAAUGAGGGUGUUUGUCUGCUUAUUAUCCGUUGUGGCGGUGUGCCAUGCUGGCGUGUACAAACGCGCAGCUGGCGAUCAGAACCCUAAGGUGUACUCCGCCUUGGACGUGUUGAGCAACGGCAAGACUAAGCUGGAUGCCGGUCAACGUGCUGAGCUGUACAAAGCCGCCCAAGCCGGUCAGGACUACCCCACCCUCGCCGUGAUUCCCAAGGCCGGUGUUGACUGUGCCUCAGUCAAGCCUGGUUUCUAUGCUAACGAUGGCGAAGGCAAAUGCCAGGCUUUCGAUCGUUGUGACGUCAACGGCAACCUCACCAGCUACCUGUGCCCCAACAUGACGCUGUUCAACCAAAUCACACUGAUCUGCGAUUGGUUCUUCAACGUUGACUGCACCAAGGUCCGCCAGUUCUAUGACUACUCCAACAGCCGUCUGUACCAAGAGAACUCUCCUCUCUUGGACGACGAACCAGACUACGUUGUGGUUGCCACUGGAGCUGCUGAAUCCUCCUCCUCUGCCUCUGCUUCUGGCUCAGUGACCAUCAAGAAGACCGUCUCCGUAAAGGGCAAACCAAAGCGGGAAUUCGAUGAGCAUCAGAUCGAAAAGCGUGCUGCUGGCCAGAGCCCCAAAGUGUUCUCCGCCCUCGAUGACCUCAGCGGUGGAAAGACCAAAUUGGAUGCUGGACAGCGUCAGGACAUCUACAAGAACGCCCAAGCCGGCCAAGAUUUCCCCACCCUGUCCGCCAUUCCCGCUGCUGGUGUUGACUGCGGCAGCGUCAAGCCUGGUUUCUAUGCCAACGAUGGUGCCGGCAAGUGCCAGUCCUUCGAUCGUUGCGACGUUAACGGAAACCUGACCAGCUACCUGUGCCCCAACAUGACGCUCUUCAACCAAAUCACCCUGAUCUGCGACUGGUUCUUCAACGUUGACUGCUCCAAGGCUCGCCAGUACUAUGACUACUCCAACAGCCGUCUGUACCAGGAGAACUCUGUCCUGUUGGAUGACGAGCCAGACUACGUCCAGAUUGCCACUGGUGCUUCUUCCUCGUCUGCCUCCGCCUCUGGUUCCGUGACCAUCAAAAAGACCGUCUCCGUAAAGGGCAAGCCCAAGCGUGAAUUCGACGAGCACGAAGAGCACCACGACAUUGAAAAGCGUGCUGCUGGCGACCAGAACCCCAAAGUUUUCUCCGCUUUGGAUGCCCUGAGCAACGGCAAGACUAAACUCGAUGCCGGUCAGCGCGCUGAGCUGUACAAAGCCGCCCAAGCCGGUCAAGACUACCCCACUCUCUCCGUGAUCCCCAAAGCCGGUGUUGACUGUGCCUCCGUCAAACCUGGUUUCUAUGCUAACGAUGGCGAAGGCAAAUGCCAGGCUUUCGACCGUUGUGAUGUCAACGGAAACCUCACCAGCUAUCUGUGCCCCAAUAUGACCCUGUUCAACCAGAUCACUCUGAUCUGCGACUGGUUCUUCAAUGUUGACUGCACCAAGGUCCGCCAGUUCUAUGACUACUCCAACAGCCGCCUGUACGUUGAAGGAUCUCCUCUCCUGGAUGACGAACCAGACUAUGUGCAGAUCGCCACUGGUGCUGCUGAAUCCUCUGCCUCGGGAUCCGCAUCGGCCUCCGGGUCCGUGACCAUCAAGAAGACUGUCGUCAAGAAGGGUGGCAAGAAGGCCUAAAUAGUUCCCGCUGGUUGGAUGUAAAUUGGGGCUUUAAUUUAUUUUUCCUGCUUGUUAACACGACGCCGUUGCCACUAAUGAUCUGUAAAGCUGGCCGGCCUUUGUUUAAUGAAAUUUCUUUUCUAAUCCGCGCUUUUUCCCUGGUUCUGCUGUAUGUAACCAUUAUGUUUGUAAUGAUCUAACCGGCGCACAUUCGAUGCAGUUUAAUUCAUUUUUCGAAUGAGUUUGAAUGUUUUUGAUGGCGUGGACAGAUAAGCUCAAUGAUGUGCACUGUGAAUCAAGUAAUAAGCAGAUCUGAAUGCCAAAUGAACGAAAGAAUAAAAUUUAUUACAGCAA